AUGAGACUGAGGCCCAACAUGAUGACCACGUCCCCCCCUACAGCUGACCCUUACCUCCAGGCGGACAUCCGAAUGACCCUGGAAAAGUCUGACCUUUGGAAGUCCUUCCACAACAUAGGGACGGAGAUGAUCAUUACCAAACAUGGCCGGAGGAUGUUUCCCCACUGUAACAUUGGUUUAUCUGGACUCCAACCCUACACCAACUAUGUCCUCAUGGUGGAAAUGGUUCCUGUGGACAACUUCAGAUACAGGUGGAAUAAGGGCCAGUGGGAUGUUGCUGGGAAAGCUGAGCCCCAACUUCCCUGUCGAACAUACAUCCACCCAGACUCCCCCGCCCCCGGCUCCUACUGGAUGAAACAGUCUGUGUCCUUCCUCAAGAUCAAACUCACCAACAAUACUCUGGACCAGCACGGCCAUAUCAUCUUGCACUCCAUGCAUCGCUACGUGCCACGUUUCUAUGUGGUCCAGGCUGACAGUCUGCACAGCGUCCACUGGGGACACUUCCAUUCCUUCUCCUUCCCUGAAACCUCCUUCACGGCAGUCACUGCAUACCAGAACACUAAGAUUGCUAAACUGAAGAUUGACCACAAUCCCUUUGCUAAAGGAUUCAAAGGGGAGAACAGCCGUACUCACAGCAAGAGGUGUCGACCUAACCAGAGUCAAGGGAACAAUUCAAAGAAAGCCAAACAAGACAAAGACCCAGAGUACAAAAGUCCUCCUGACCUCCAGAGGGCGAAAUUAGAGUGUGAGCCAGCAGAACCAAGGAGGACCCUGGGAUCCACAGGGAAAGAGUCUGUGGCAGUGCUCUUCUCCCCAUGGACCAUCGAACAGGACCCGUCCCAGAGCCAGAGUCUACACACUGAACUACUGGAGCUCCAUAACCACAGACAGGAUUACAGCACUGAGGAGCAGAUGGUACCUGGCCAUUCAUCUAGGUCCUACCAACCAUACAGAUCGGUUGAGUAUGGUAGACUUCCCUCUCCGUCUUCUGCCGUGGAGGUUUGUGAAUCCCGGCGUAGCUGUGAGCCUCACAUCCCAGAUGUAGCUACUGUUCCUGGGCACGAGACUACCAAAUCUGACCCUCUCAGGGACGGGUGUCACCGACACCACCCCAUGGUUCCAAACAUGCCCCAGGACUACAAAUUGUCCCCUGUUCACCUGCCCUUGUCCUCCAGAACCUAUCCUGGGCCCCUGGGUUAUAGUUACCCCCUCCAUGGCCACUACCCCACUGACCCAAGCAUGGGUCAGUGGGGGGAAGGCGGUGCAGUACAUUACCCUGGACAGUACCUUCCUCCCCUGCCCUUCCACACCAGCCAAACACAGACCACAAACCACAGUGCCAACCAAUGCGGAGGUUACCACCUAGGAAACACAGUGGCAGAAUGGAGCUGGAGCCAAUACAUGAGUUUGGACAAUGAGGCUGAUCUGACUGUCAGACCACAAUAG